AUGCUGAUCUCAGAAAAUGCUCCAUCAGCGAUAUUCUGGAUUGGAAUACAAGAUUCUAGUGGUUUUUUUGCCAAUGCUGUAUGGCAUCAUAGCAAUGCGAGCGUUGGUGACUGGAAUCUAUGGUAUCAGGAUAUCGUUGUUGAUCCAUCAAAGUUAUGUACUGGAGUUUUCGAGAUAUUUGGUACAUUUUUCUGGAAGAAUUUGAGAUGUUCUGAUCCUUACCGAUUCAUUUGCCAAAUAGAUUUAAAUACAACAACAUCGAAUUCCAUAUUAGCUUCCUAUCUCUUUGCUAGCUACCCGCGACCUCCGCGUAAGCGUUUAGUUGGAUAA